UCAACUGGAAGCGCCAGUCCCGUUUUGAUGGCGGCGCCGAGGGUGUAAUGAGCGGCACGGAUCGGUGAGGACAGCGCCGGGUUUAGAGACAACAUGUGUGAAGGCGCAUCCAGAAUAUCCGGGCCGAUCCCCCCCGACCCCACUCUGUUCCCUGAUUACUACAGAAGGCCGGCCUCAGCUCGGGGUCGGCUGGAGGGGACUGAUGUCAAGCUGGACUUUCUGUCAGGACCCUUGAAUCCAGAUCCCACCUUAUAUCCAGCUUGUUACAGUGCCAGGCCCGCCAGCCCCAUACCCAGAGUACGCCCCAAUGCCAGGGGCAUCUUGGAAAGGGGGCAGAGUGGCACAGUGGGUGUUCUCCUGAAGCUGGAGGGUAUCUCUCUCCAUACAGCAUCGCCCCCUCCCAAAAAAAACAAAGACCAUGGUAAAGAGAAUGUGCAGCGGAUGAGGGAGAUCCAGAAGCGGUGUAAAGAGAAGGAGAUGGAGAAGGUACAGGGGGCUCCUAAACCCAUCAAAGCUUUAUGGAAGUCGCCCAAAUACGAACAGGUGGAGUCCAAGGUGAAAGCCAAACUGCAGGAGCAGCCAUCCCCUCCCAGGGCGGUACAGGCAAACUUCCUAAAGUCUCAUACCCGGUGUGGCACGGGGUUACAGCCUAAGAGGUGCCUUUCACCAGCGCCCAGUAGGCCCACCACUGCCAGCCAUGAGAUGCAGAUCCAGGGUUCCAGCAUUGACUUCAUAGCCCACAAUGCAAGAAAUGUGAAGAAGACCCAGAUGAGGCGAUCCCGCUCCUUGCUAAACCUAAACGAGGUCCUGCAGGAGAAGCAGCAACAGCAGCAGGAGUAUGACUCCAAGCAGAAGGGACAUGUCCCUCAGUACCUCCUGGACCUUAAAGAGCAGUGGAGGAAAGAGCAAGAGAAACGUAAGAAGCAGGCUCCCGACCCAUCGCUCCCACCGGGACACACCAUGAUGCCAGAACCUGAACGUCAGGAGACGCUCAAUAAAAUCAAGCAGACCCAGGACCAGCUGCUGAAGGAGCUACUGAUGCUUCCAGUCCGAGCAGACAACUUCAGCAUCCAGAACCGACGCACUGAGCUGGAGAAGAAGCUGUCCGAGAUUGAGGAAGCCAUUAAAGUAUUUUCUCGCCCAAAGGUCUUCAUUAAGAUAGACUCGUAAAGAUGUCUUCUAUUUUCCCCAUAACCCCACCACUUCUUCUUGUGGAGUUCUUGGAGGACUCUCCUGCUGGACUAGUCUACCGGAGAUGGGUUUUUAUACAGAACUGAUCUGCUGCCACAUCUGGAGGGAGAUUUGUGUGUGCUUUUUAUGUUGUGGGCUGCUGGAAUUUAGAUUAUUUAUUUUACUCUUUUUAAUAUUUUAAUAUAAAAUUUAAAGCUAUGAAAUUUCCGAAUCAUGGUGCGUGCAUGACUAUUAAACCUAAUUCUGCACUCCAAUGAGCCGUAUCGUUUCCAUACCCUAUGACAUUGUAUGAUUGCGCUGCUUCGUUUAAAGGGAUUUUCCAGGGUUUUUAAUAUUGAUGACCUAUCCUCCACUUGAAUGGGACUGAGCUGUGCCAAGACCAUGUGACCAACGAACGUGACAUCACUGGGCUAGGAAAAGGCCUCAGCAUGCAAUAAGUACUUCGGCCUCGUCAAACAGCUGAUCGACGGGGGUGCCAGGAGUCAGACCCCUGCUGAUCUGAGGAUAGGCCGUCAAUAUCAAAAACCUGCAUGAUCCCUUUAAUUUCCUGGCAUAAAUGUAAGAGUGAGAUCACAUCAUGUUAUGGCUGUACCCUUGGCAUAUACCCCAGGACAGGCUCCCUGUGUAUAAACCAAGCAUAUUGAUUAGGCUACGGUCACAACAGUGUUGUGAAAUCCGGCAGGCUGUUCAGGCAGAGGAAUAGCUUGUUGGAGUUCACCGUAAAUGGCAUAGCCGGAUAAUGCCAGGAAGCACUGGAUCCCCAUUGACUACAAUGCCAUCUGAUGGGCAUCCGGCCGAAAGCCAGCGUUUAUGCUGGAAAGCGGACAGACCCCAUUGCAGCCAAUAGGGAUCCGGAGCUUCCCAGCAUUAUCCGGCUAUGCCUCUGCCAACAUCCUUCCGGAUCUGAAUGUAGCCUAAGACUCCUUACGCCCUACGAAGAGCAAAGUAGUGUACUUUUGGCUUCCACGGCUUGGUAUACAUUAGUACAGGCAUGCUCAACCUGCGGCCCUCCAGCUGUUGUAAAACUACAACUCCCACAAUGCCCUGCUGUAGGCUGUUCGGGCAUGCUGGGAGUUGUAGUUUUGCAACAACUGGAGGGACGCAGGUUGAGCAUGCCUGCAUUAGUAUACUGUUUUUGCAGUGUAGACUAGCGUAGUAGACUUCACUGUUCCAUACAAUGAAAAAUAUACAGACCUUAGUAGGGUUGCAUUAGGUAUAUAUACUUUUUCAAUACUUUGAUGCCCGGUUCAAUACUGACAGUUUUUUUUAUACUUGUCACCGGUAUUGCGCAGAGUCGCAGCAGUUUUGAUUAGAGAACAUGGUGUGCGCACAACGUAGCACACGUCUGUGGCAGUGGAGAAGGAAGGAGUGCGUACUGUGCGCAGGCGCUGUGAUCAGAUGGAUGUUCUCAUCUGGACACCGGCCGACACUGCGCAUGCGCUGGGAGCCUUACCGGUGGUAAGGGUAGGGAAAAAGCACUGGCCCGUAAUUUUUCCUUUCCUAACCGCUGGUGAGGCUCCCAGCGCAUGCGCACUCUGCUGUGAAAUUUCCCUACCUCGUUGUGCACCGGCGUGGCACAGCACACCUCCUCACGUCAUGUCCGAUGCGACCGGAAGUGACGAGGGUAGGGAAAUAUAACAUUACACCGGCACUGCCACCAAUGAAAACUCUGAGGGGGUAAGAGUCUUAGAUGGUGGAGAAUCGGAGUGUCAGUGACUGCGCUGUCUGCUCAUUGGACUAACGGUGCUGGAUGCUCAUAGGAUAAAGGACCUGUGAUGACGUCAUCGCCCUGUCCAGUAACAUAUGGAGGAGUCGAUGCAGAUGUUUUUUUUUUUUUUGUAGUUUUAUGCUGAGAUUACCUCACGAGCAGGUGACAGGUGUGACAAGGAGUUCAUGGGGCUUGCAGAGAUGCAUGCAGUGCUAGUGCGGCCACCGUCCAGCAUUCACCUUCCAAAGGAGCCAGCCUGGCAGAGGAUGGAAGGCCUCUGAUGAUGGAUAUUAUAUAAGGGCAUCCUAUAUGAGGAUGUAUAUUGCUUAUUGUCCCAGGUAUGAUGGCCUCCCUUUGGGGGGGUAGGGAGGGUUGAUGUCCUCCUUUUUGGAGUUAUGAAAGUGGCCACCGUAUCCCUGACUCAGGGAAGGAAGGUGGAAAAUAGUUGGUGUGAGCGGAGGGCUCCGCUUCUAUCUGAUGACUGCAGCUAGCCUACAGCAUAGAGGAAAAUUAGGGUUAAGGUGACUCAUUAACCCCAAUGGUGCCAUUAUAGUUUUUUUUCUGAAACAUCGAUUUGGUAUUUCAUACCAUGAUACUUUACUUGGUAUUGAAAUUGAAGUCCAAAUUCUGAUAUUGUGACUAGGGAUCGACCGAUUAUCAGAAGUACCGAUAUUAUCGGCCGAUAUUAAGGAUUUUGAACAUUAUCAGUAUCGACAUCUAACCUUGCCGAUAUGCCUAAAAUGCGUAUAAAGCAAAUACUAGUGAGCGCUUAUGAAAGCAUUUUCUCCUGAA